AUGUCGGUGGACGUGGUGAAAACAGGGAUGCUCCCUUCAGCUGGAGUUGUUAAAGUUCUCUGCGAGAGUCUUAGGAAGUUUCCAGUCAAAGCUCUAGUGGUGGAUCCGGUCAUGGUGUCCACCAGUGGUGAUACUCUUUCAGGACCAUCUACUCUCGCUACAUAUAGGGAUGAACUGUUUUCUAUGGCUGAUAUAGUCACUCCAAAUGUGAAAGAAGCAUCUAAGUUACUUGGGGAUAUAUCAUUGCAGACAAUUUCUGACAUGCGCAAUGCAGCUGAAUCCAUUUACAAACUUGGUCCAAAAUAUGUGCUUGUGAAAGGUGGGGAUAUGCCAGAUUCAUCAGAUGCAAUUGAUGUAUUAUUUGAUGGUAAGGAGUUCAUUGAGCUUCGUGGUUUGCGUAUAAAGACCCGUAACACACAUGGAACCGGUUGCACGUUAGCUUCAUGUAUUGCUGCUGAAUUAGCAAAAGGUGCAACAAUGCUGCAUGCUGUUCAGGUUGCAAAGAAAUUUGUGGAAUCUGCUCUUUAUCACAGCAAAGAUCUUGUGAUUGGAAAUGGACCUCAGGGCCCUUUUGACCACCUCUUCGAGCUCAAGUCUCCAUUAUACAAGAUGGGAUCACUGCAAAAGUUCAAUCCAGAUGACCUCUUCCUGUAUGCAGUGACAGACUCUGGGAUGAACAAGAAGUGGGGUCGUUCGAUAAAAGAUGCUGUGAAAGCUGCCAUUGAAGGUGGCGCUACCAUUGUCCAAUUGAGAGAAAAAGACACCGAGACACGGGAGUUCUUGGAAGCUGCCAAGGCUUGUGUGGAAAUCUGCAAGUCUAGUGGAGUGCCGCUACUGAUCAAUGACCGCAUAGAUGUCGCUCUGGCAUGCAACGCAGAUGGCGUCCAUGUUGGUCAAUCAGACAUGCCAGCAUGGGAAGUACGAGAACUCCUAGGACCUGGAAAAAUCAUUGGCGUCUCAUGUAAAACCCCGGCCCAGGCCGAGCAGGCAUGGAAGGAUGGUGCAAAUUACAUCGGCUGUGGCGGUGUCUUCCCAACCUCAACGAAGGAGAACAAUCCCACCUUAGGGUUUGAGGGCUUGAAGACCGUCUGCUUGGCUUCGAAGCUACCUGUGGUGGCCAUCGGCGGCAUCAAUGCUGGAAAUGCAGGUUCGGUAAUGGAGCUUGGGUUCCCAAAUCUGAAAGGUGUGGCCGUGGUCUCUGCUCUGUUUGACCGGGAAUGUGUCGUGACUGAGACAAGAAACCUCAGAUCCAUCCUGAAGAAUGCUUGCUCCAGAUCUUAG